CGUCGGCGGCAGCCAGUUGGCGGCGUCGGCGACGGCGAGGAUGCUGCCUGGGAGGCUGUGCUGGGUGCCGCUCCUGCUGGCGCUGGGCGUGGGGAGCGGCGGCUGCGGCGGAGACAGCCGGCGGCGCCGCCUCCUCGCGGCGAAAGUCAACAAACACAAGCCAUGGAUCGAGACAUCAUAUCAUGGAGUCAUAACUGAGAACAAUGACACAGUCAUUUUGGACCCUCCACUGGUAGCGCUGGAUAAAGAUGCACCAGUUCCUUUUGCAGGGGAAAUCUGUGCAUUCAAGAUCCAUGGCCAGGAGCUGCCCUUUGAGGCUGUGGUGCUCAAUAAGACAUCUGGGGAGGGCCGGCUUCGAGCCAAGAGUCCCAUCGACUGUGAGCUACAGAAGGAGUACACAUUCAUCAUCCAGGCAUACGACUGUGGUGUGGGGCCCCAGGAGGCAGCCUGGAAGAAGUCACACAAGGCUGUGGUCCACAUCCAGGUGAAGGAUGUUAAUGAGUUUGCUCCUACCUUCAAAGAGCCAGCCUACAAGGCCAUUGUCACAGAGGGCAAGAUCUAUGACAGCAUCCUGCAGGUGGAAGCCAUCGAUGAGGACUGCUCCCCCCAGUACAGCCAGAUUUGCAAUUACGAAGUCGUCACAACGGAUGUGCCUUUUGCUAUCGACAGAAAUGGCAACAUCAGAAACACUGAGAAGCUCAGUUACGACAAGCAACACCAGUAUGAGAUUCUGGUGACCGCCUAUGACUGUGGACAGAAGCCUGCGGCUCACGACACCCUGGUGCAGGUGGAUGUAAAGCCAGUGUGCAAGCCUGGCUGGCAAGAUUGGACCAAAAGGAUUGAGUAUCAGCCUGGCUCAGGGAGCAUGCCCUUGUUCCCCAGCAUUCACUUGGAGACAUGUGAUGGAGCCGUGUCCUCCCUUCAGGUCACUGCAGAGCUGCAGACCAAUUACAUCGGCAAGGGCUGUGACCGUGAGACCUACUCGGAGAAAUCCCUCCAGAAAUUAUGUGGAGCCUCCUCUGGCAUCAUCGACCUGUUACCAUCCCCUAGUGCAGCUACCAACUGGACUGCAGGACUGUUGGUGGACAACAGCGAGAUGAUCUUCAGGUUCGAUGGCAGGCAGGGUGCCAAGAUCCCUGAUGGAAUUGUGCCCAAGAAUCUGACGGACCAGUUUACCAUCACCAUGUGGAUGAAACAUGGCCCCAGCCCCGGCGUGAGAGCUGAAAAGGAAACUAUCCUUUGCAACUCAGAUAAAACUGAAAUGAACCGGCACCACUACGCCUUGUACGUGCACAACUGCCGCCUUGUCUUCCUCUUGCGGAAGGACUUUGACCAGGCAGACACCUUUCGUCCGGCAGAGUUCCACUGGAAGCUGGACCAGAUCUGUGACAAAGAAUGGCAUUACUAUGUCAUCAAUGUGGAGUUUCCUGUGGUUACUCUAUACAUGGAUGGAGCAACAUACGAGCCAUACCUGGUGACUAAUGACUGGCCCAUUCACCCAUCUCAUAUAGCCAUGCAACUUACCGUCGGUGCCUGUUGGCAAGGAGGAGAAGUUGCCAAACCACGGUUUGCACAAUUCUUCCACGGCAGCCUGGCCAGUCUCACCAUCCGUCCUGGAAAAAUGGAAAGUCAGAAAGUGAUUUCCUGUCUGCAGGCCUGCAAAGAAGGUCUGGAUAUUAAUUCCUUGGAAAGCCUCGGGCAAGGAGUAAAGUAUCACUUCAACCCCUCACAGUCUGUCCUGGUGAUGGAAGGUGAUGACAUUGGGAACAUCAACAAAGCCCUACGGAAGGUCUCCUACAUCAACUCCAGGCAGUUCCCGACAGCGGGUGUCCGGCGUCUCAGACUAUCCUCCAAAGUCCAGUGCUUUGGGGAAGAUGUGUGCAUCAGCAUCCCAGAUGUGGAUGCCUAUGUGAUGGUCCUGCAGGCCAUUGAGCCCCAGAUCACCCUCCAGGGUACAGAACGCUUCUGGAGACCUGCUAGUCAGUUUGAAAGUGCCAGAGGGGUGACUCUCUUCCCGGACAUCAAAAUCGUGAGCACCUUUGCCAAAGCUGAGGCUUCUGGGGACAGGAGAACCACAGGCACAGCCCCAAAGUCAGCAGUCUUGGAAGAAAUGCUCCACAACUUGGAUUUCUGUGACAUUUUGGUUCUUGGAGGUGACUUGGACCCAAGACAUGAGUGCUUGGAGCUCAACCACAGUGAGCUCCACCAACGACACCUGGAUGCCACUAACUCUACUGCAGGCUACUCCAUCUAUGGUGUGGGCUCCAUGAGCCGCUACGAGCAGGUGCUGCAUCACCUUCAUUACCGCAACUGGCAUCCAACUUCCCUUGAGACCCGGAAAUUCCGGAUCAAAUGCUCAGAACUCAAUGGGCGCUACACCAGCAAUGAGUUCAACUUGGAGGUCAGUGUCCUCCAUGAAGUCAGAGUCCCAGACAAAGAGCACGUCAACCACCUGAUCGUGCAGCCUCCCUUCCUCCAAUCUGUCCAUCACCCUGAGUCCCGGAGUAGCAUCCAGCGCAGUUCAGUGGUCCCAAGCAUUGCCACAGUGGUCAUCAUCAUCUCUGUGUGUAUGCUAGUGUUUGUUGUGGCCAUGGGAGUGUACCGAGUCCGAAUUGCUCACCAGCACUUCAUCCAGGAGACUGAGGCUGCCAAAGAGGCCGAGAUGGACUGGGAUGACUCUGCACUGACUAUCACAGUCAACCCUAUGGAGAAGCAUGAAGAACCAGGACAUGGGGAAGAUGAGACUGAAGGAGAGGAAGAAGAGGAAGCAGAGGAAGACAUAAGCUCCAGCAGCAGUGGCUCGGAUGACAGUGAAGAGGAGGAGGAGGAAGGGCUGGGUAGAGGCAGACACGGGCAGAGUGGCACCAGGCAAGCCCAGCUGGAGUGGGAUGACACCACCCUCCCCUACUAGUGCCCGCAGGUCUUCGGCCCAGCCCGUGUGCCCCUUUUGUAAAGCCUGACCUGACGUAUGCCCGAGUCUAUCACAUUCACCUCUGAUUUCUAUGACAGGUCUGGGAAGGCCUUCUCCAGCUUCCUAGAAUCUGCCCUCUAUGCUGUGGGCACUGCCUAUGUCCCAGCCACGGGGCAGCUCCGAGAGUCCAGUGUCAACAUCAGUGGGGACUUCAGGGUGGGCAUUGUCCUGUAGUUCUCACUCCCCCUGUCCUGGGCUCAUCCAGCAUCCUGUCAGCCAGUCUGCAGAGUUCUGAACACUUUGCUCCUUUCUGUAGGGAAGAAGCUCCAACUUUAGGUCACUCACCUCCUCUCGGUGUUUUCAAGGCCCUUGGGUUAUAACUCACUCUGUGUACAUCUACAUGGUCUUUUUCUACCCACACCAGCAUGUCCUCCCCAUGCUAACUCUCCAGGUUGCUUUAAACAUGGAAGGCAGUGGAACGUCACACACCUAAGAUCUUUGGACUGACAACCUAAAGAAAAGCCUUUGUUGAGGCAGAACUGAGUUUCUAGGAAAGGCCACACAUAUGUAUGUGCACAUGCAUACUCACACACACACACACCCCAACUCAGAGAGCCUUUCCCUUUGCUUCUUUCUGAGACCACACACAUAAGCUUAUAUAACAAAUUCAAAAUCAAGUGUUGGUCCUUGAUCAUAAGUAGAGCCUGUCCCCAGUGUGGGGCCUGCUGGCUGGCAUGCCAACCUGCCCAGGGAAUGCCUAAACCUAAGGGCAGCCCUGCCCAGGACUGUCACCACAUAGAAACACAGGGCCCAGGAAGUGCUCCAUACAGGCACUGCUCAGGGAACAGUGUGGUGUGGCUGCUGCCAGGAGCAGAAGGAAGGGCUAAUGGGGCGACCCAGCAGGGCUUUGUGGUGGACCCAAAUCUGCUGCGCCACAUGGUGGGUGUGGCUGAACUCCUCCAGACAAGGGCAGCCCCAAGGUUGACAAAGCUCUCACCACCUAGCCUGUCAUCCCUUAUCUCUUAUGUCACACCAUUUUCUCUUGAGGAAAUAACAUUCUUCUCAUAUGUAGUAGAACAAACAUUAGCUCUACCAGUCUGAGAUGAAAGUUUGGAAAUUUAACUGCUAGGAAUUAGAAGCAUAUUUGCAGAAAUAGCAGCUGCUUCUUUCUUCUCCUCAUAAAAGGAGGAAUGCUUUGAAUAGAGGGCAAAUAUAUCAAAAACCCUAAUUUCUUGUUCUUUCGUCUUAUUUUAAUAAGGAAGACUUUACCAUCUCCAUUCUAACAUGGGCACUUUGUGAAGAGAAUUGUUGCUAUAGUAACGGGUGGAUGAUCUUUUGUGGCCUGGAGAAUAGUAGACAAGAAUUAGGCCUUUAUAAGACUUCUACAAGGCUUUGAGGACAUGUUUGUUUCAAAUGCCUUGACCUCUUCUUCGUCCCCAGUCUGUUCAGGCCAUCCCCAUCAUCCCGCUCCUCCCCAAGCCCAUCCCAUAUUGCCUUGACCCGUGUGCAUAGCUGGUACCUAGUCACAUUCAGCUUCAACUGAAAGUUCAGCAUCUGUUCCUUGUAGUCCCUGUCAUUCAAACAGAGCACUCAGGAAGUCACGACUGAUGUCCUCCAGUCUAGUCAGACCUCCAUGCAGUGAGGAUCCAUGGCAGGUCUUUGCAACCUUUCGGCUGGAGAGAACUACCUUAUGCUGAUUUUUCCAUCUCCUCGGGUAUUUUGUGCGUCCCUUCUCUAGUAUGAGCUUCCAAGUAACCCUGUGAAAUAUUUCAGACAUCGGUUUUUAGGCAUAUUUUUGUGAUGAGUAAUUGAGACUCAGAGGGUCAGUAUCGUGCUCAGAGUCAUACACAGGUACAGACAAGGUUGGACUCUCCACCCUCCAUCCCUGGCCCAUCGUUCUGUUUAUGUUCAUAUUAACAUGCAUGUGAGUAGUUACUAUGUGCUAAGCACCCUACCAGCAACAGUGGGAAAGGGAUAAGGUUGAGUGAGAUAGGCCUUUCUCCACAGAGGACUUGAGGCUUGCAGGGGGACAUAAAUAGGUAUGGAAUUUUACAGGCAAGAUGAGGAAAGGACAGAAACCACAGGAAGAAGAGGGACAUGAUCACAAACUCAACCAGUGCCCUAAAUUUUCUCUUCUUGGAAGGAGCUUGAGAUUUUAUAUUCAUUGAAAGGAAAUAGACCCAUCUUCUGUGAAUUACCCCAAUCAAAUUCCCCCUUUCUGUCAGGCUGUGUCUGCACAUUUACAAGAGGAAAAUCUGUAGGACUUGUUAGGCUUCAAAAUCUCAUUAUUUAAAUAAAAAGACAUUCUUCAGUCAGGCAUUUAGGAGCUACUGAAUUCUCCCAAAAUUAUGGCAGUAAAGGGAACAUUUUAUAUGUUUAAAACCAAUCCUUUCUGAAUGAGGUUUUGAUUGCAAAUAUUUAAGUCUAGGGUUUAUGAGAGCACUUUUCUCUACUCUGGUUUUUCAGUUCGAUUAGGUGUAAGGCUGUUCUCAUGCCCUCUGUUUGCCUCUUGUGGCUGCAUUAUUCGUGGUUGGGGUGGCUGUUUGGAGAAUUACAGGACCUUUAUGUUGGGAGUUGUGAGAAGAGGAGCAGAUCAAAGUAGCAUUUGGAUAGGGCAGCAAAGAUGUGUCAUUUGAGGAGGCAUUUGUGACUGGGUUCAUUUGUGGAGAAACACCAAUAGCAAACCAGACCCCUUUCCUUCCACUUUCACUACACGAGGUCACUCUGCUUGCCAGAAAGCUGAGGUGUCUGAAUGGGAUGACUGGGCUUUUAUCCUGUUCCCAACACCCUCUUCAUUACCCUGGAUGAGAUCAAGAGGGGAAUGUUUAUAAAAUAACAAGCUUCAGUGGGUAUCCAGAUGAGUAGUAGGUAAUGCAAUUUGCCUCCCACCAGAUAUUCUGACCAUGAAUGCAAAAUACUAAUCAGACUGGCAUUUUCCAGUCCCCAUAGGCUGGCAUUUUGUAAACCAAAACCCCCUGAUGACCUGUGCACGCCAUGACCUCUCAUGCAGUCAUGAGCAGCCAAGCAGAGGGAGACUCAGACCCAGGAGGGGCAGCUGUCUGGUUUGGUUACAGACUAGCCCAUUGCUUAUCUUCCCAAAUGGAUGACCUGGGUCUGCUAUUCAGAGCUUGAAAACAGAUGGGCUCAUGACUAAGAUGACAGGGAGAAAGAGAAAAAAGGAGGCUGAGAUCAGAAAAGAGCAGUGCAGAAUAAGUUUCCUUGAUGGAGUAAAGCCAUUAAACUUGUUGGAGAAGUGUCUUUAAAAAAUACUCAGUAUAUUCUCAUAGAUUUAACCAAAUGCUGUAAGUCUGACUGAGGCCCCAAUACACCUAGAUACAAAAAAAAUGUGACUUCAGGGGCUUUACUUUCUAUGAGUACUUUCUUGAAUUAACUAAUUCUAUCAUGCAAGGUUUAGACCAAAUAUCUCUACAGUUAACAAGGAGACAUGGAAUCUCUUGGGGACACAGAUUCUCUAAGAAGAAGACUUCUGCUGGAAAACAGUACCCUCCCUUCCUGUGUAUCAGGGAUCAGCAAAACUUUAUCUGGAAAGAUCCAGAGAGGAAAUACUUAGGGCUUUGGAAGCUGUUUGGCCUCAUGGCAUGAAAGCAGCCACAGACAAUGUGUGAACAAAGAAACAUUUCAUCACAGUUUAUUCAUCUGCUUUCCAAUAAAGCCCUUACCGUAAAAACAGGUGAUGUGAAUUCAUAGACUCUUCAUGUCAUGAUUUGUUUCACUCUUGAUUUUUCACUUCCAACCACUUACAACUAGAGAGAGCUUUUUUCAGCCUUUAAGGCAUACAGAAAACUAGCCACCAUGCAGAUCCCUGGGUGGGCAGGCUCUUUCCCUAGAUGCACAGAAAGCAGCCUUCCAUUUCCCAGGAGAAAACAAACUGUUCUAUCAGCCCUCCCAUCCACCACCUCCUGGUGGUUAUUGCCUCAGCGAGAACAGCAGGAAAACUUUAGGGUCUUUCAUUAAAGUUCAGGGGACAUGAGAGCAAACACAGCAACAACAACAACAACAAAAAAGACAAACAAAAAGUCACUUGUUUUGAAUUGACAAAUCGGAUAAAUAUUCCUAAGGGUUGGAUGCCUUGGUCCCAGGGAGUUGGCUGAUCCUGGGGCACUAACUCCACUGAGGCAAGUGCUGACUCCUCAGGCUUAGCACCUUCCCAGCACGGCUCAUUCCACAACGAUUUCUAAGUCGAGUGCUCAUUAUCUCAGACUGAUUUUCAUUUCAGCUCUGCUCAUGCCAUUGCUCUAAAAAUGAUCCUAAGGACUUGUGACUGUUGGAAUCAAUAGCAACACAAUCAGCAGAAAGCCCUACCGAGCACACUUCAAAAUUAGCAGUCCUUUUGGCUCCAUGACUCAAUAUUAGCAAGAAGAAAAAGAGGACCAUUUCUUAAUCAUCUCAUUGAAAUUAACCAAAGAGGCUUUUCAAGAGUCUAAGACAAUAAGUCUAAUUCUUUGAAAGAAUUGGCCAGUGAAAAGUGGAUAAUGUUCACAUCAGAUAAUCUUCCUGCCUCUAGGGGAUUCCCACAGCCUCCUGCAAUAUACUCUGGCAGGCUGUGAUGGCACAGGCUUCUCUAUCUGCCCCAGAAAUUUAUUGAGACUGACAAGCCAAGGCCCUUGGCAUAGUUUAAUUUUCAUGUAACCACUCUCCGUUGCCCAGCUGUAGGCAAAGGAAAUGAGCAGUGAAAGCUCUGACAUCUACCCCAGCACCCCCAUUUGCCUGUCUGUAUUUGCUUUACUUUACAAAUUUAGUCUAGAUCCUCUCCAUAUAUCUUGCUUUAGCUUUCUUUUGACACUAGAUGGAAAAGGAGAUAUGGUUUUAUAGGAGCUAUGCAUUAGGAGACAAGUUUGACUUUGUCACAUGGUUCUAAAGAGAGAAGGAAGUUGCUUCCACUAGCACCUCAGAAAGCAAUCAGAGAGCUGCUGAGCGCAGUCAGCAAGCAGACAGGAAUCUCCGUCUGCAGCUCUGUUCAAUGAAAUCAGCAAGUCCUCCCUAGCACCCAUGUGUGUGCCCUGAACCGGGGAACAGGGCAAGAAAGAACGAAUGACACAGGGCCUUGCCCACAAGGAGCUCCUGUUCUUGGAGUGCUAGAGGCUGUGCACAAGCAGGACUGUUGGGGACAGAAGUCUGGGAUGGAGUAUGACUUGCUUUGUAGUCACCUACUUUAAGUCAGAUGUUAUAGGUAUGAUCCCAGGGACUCUGAGAAUCUUGCUGAACAGGCGGAAGAUCUCUAGGGAAGUGAGCAACGUUUCCCUAAAUGUUCCUUAGUUAUGUUGAAAUCCGUCUCAGCUUACUUACAUAGGAAAGCCAGUCACCCUCCCCCCAGCAGGAAAUAAUGUUGCUGAUGGCUGAUUUGGUGAAACCAAGACAGAUAGAAGUGCUUAAAUAUAAGCAGCAGGCAGGCAGAUCAGACAGCUUAGGAACCCUGAUUUAAGUAGGGGAGCUGCUGUUAGCCAAAGCCCAAGGCCUGGCCAACCUGAUGCAGGGGGUGCUCUUCUGAGGCCCCUUAUCAGAUCUGACAAGUGAAGGAGGGUGCACUCUGGGAGGCUUUGCAGAUGUUUAUGCUUCACGUUAUUGCAGAGCUCUAAUGUGGAGGGGAAGCACCAGCAUCAUCUGGGAACCAGGGAGACAGGCAAAUUCUCAAGCCUCAACUUGAACCUGCUGAAUCAGAAACUCUGGAGGUGGGGUCCAGCAAGCUGUGCUUUAAUGGACAGUCUAAUUCUGAGGCAGGCAAAGGUUUAAGAACCGCUGGUCUGGAGGGUGAAGAGGACCGCUUAAGCUGGCAUUUGGAGGAACUACUGCUAACAAACAAGAUAAAUAAUCAGUUUCUAGUGUGAUAAGGCAAGAGAGCUAGGGCAGGCCCCAGGAUCAUCUGGGUUCUGGUUCAGACUCCCUGAGCAAUGAUUUCAAGGAACCUGUCCCCAGUUCCAAUUCCUUCCCACCCUUUGGGUGUGAGAUGAUUCUUUCCCAUGUGUCCCUUCUACUUUAGUGAGAGACACCACCCAGGAGGAGUGUAGUGAGGGCACUCACCCCUAGGGAGUUCGCCUGUUGAGUUACUGUUCAACGAGCAGCCUCCCCUAGGGACAUAUUUUAUGCGGAAACAGUGAAACUGUAAUGGUGACCCUAAACCACUAGACAUUGAUGUGCUCACAGCAUGAUCCUGGCAGAGCAGCCCAAGCCUGGCAGAGUCAUCCAAGGACAGGGUCAUCCAAGGACUCUGUCAGGUUACUGCAGUGCUGUUCAUUUGUAGUGAGACUGGGGCAGGCAUGCCAAUCCAAACACUAAAUUGGAUAGGGAAUGGAUUGCUUUUCUUGGAAGGGCAGUGACUCAUGUUACUAAAAGUAGAAAAUAAAAUCCAAAAAUACACCUGCAGCUUUAUCUACAAUGGGAAUCUAAACCCUCUCAUGUCUAAGGCCUAUAUAGGUGCCACAUUCCAACACUGUCCAUUCCCAGGACUACCAGACACUUGAGUAGUCUGAGGUUCACUGAUGAGUGAUUUCUGGUGUAAGCAUAUGACAAAAGCUCCAUAAGCCUUCAGGAGGAGCUCCAUGUGCUUUAUUGCAUCUAACUGUGGUCCAAGUUGAUCCUCAUGUCAGGAUCUCAAGGUCAAGACCAGAGGUCCAGGGCACAGAAGAGGAACAUGACUCAGGAGAACCAGUACUAUUUUUGAGUUCCCACAAACCCAGGCAUUAUUCUGUUCAGAAACACAUCUGUACCAACAGACUCCUCAUUGAGUCCCCUGAGCACCCCAAUGGGAACCCCUACUUUUCCAACCCAUCUUUGAAAAAUGUCUUUAGAUUCACAUCCACCUAAACUCCUGAGGCCAGCGCAGAGAACAUAUUGAGAAUAAUCACCUCUAAGAAGAUAGAAUCUGCUUUUUAAAGAAAGUGGAUAGAAGGAAAAGAAAGAACAAGAAAGAAAAGUAGAAAUAAGACACGACAGGUUUUCCCUGUGCGAAAGCACGAGGAAACCAGGUAACAAAGGUUUCCUUUCCAGCCUGGCCUCUUUGCGUGAAUUCCCUGCUGACACAUUUGUUUCCCAAAAUCUAAGGAAAUUCUCUGUGUUUCCCUUUCACCGGUCAUUUAUAACAAAAGUCUCCUACGGGACAAAACAGAAAGUGAUGAAGAGGCAGGCUAGGAAGCAAGAUGGGCCCUACUCGAGUUGCAGGUUUGGUCAUUCAGGACGAGGAGACAGUUUGUUCUAAUGGGCAGGAGAUCAGAUCCAGCUAGGACACCAGGUAGGGUGAGUGGGUAGUAGAGGGCCAUCCUUGGGAAGACCGGGCAGCGACAAAAUAUAUGAUAGGGUCAUCAGACAAGAAAUAUAAGCUGGCAUCUCUGCACCAUUGAUAUAGCACAGCCUGGGGAAGGGCACUGCUCCAUGAAAACUUCUAGUUGAAUGAAGAGCCACAGAGCUCCUUCCCCAGUGUAUUGGAAACCCUAGAAAACAUGGCUGUAUGGAGUCAGUAUAGAUCCCCGACUCUUCCCACCUCUGCUUGGCACCUCGCCAAGGCAAAAGAAACUGGUAUAUGCCAGGACCCUGGGUGCCACACACUGUACCUGGCUCACAGCAUAGACUUGACAAGAAUUGAAUACAAUCUGAGAGACCAUUCGGCCUCAAAGAAUGUCUGUGGUUUGAAAAAUUAAGAUGCUGUAAUGGAGAAAGACUCCUCCACCAUGUGUCUUAGUGUAUAAGUUGGGGUCCUUUAUAAAACUGUCUAGAGUGGGAGAGAAAAGGCCAUGAACAGAUGACAGUAUUCCUGCUGCCUGAGUGGAAGCUGACAGGACAGAUCUUUGCAAAGUGAUUCUUCCUGGAUAAGAUUGUUAGAAGGACCUGCUAAACAAGGAGUAAGGGUAGAUGCACUUUGACGAGCCCUACUUGUUCCACUCCCUGGGUCAUAGCAUCAUCUUGACUGAGGAAAGCAAGUCCUAAUUUGUUAAUGACCUUUGCCCUCUCCUGUACCUUUUAUCAGAUGUACUGCAGAGGAGAUUCAUCACCACAAAACUCAAUUCCCAAUACUCUAAUGAAAAGGGGGUAACAGACCUGAGAGGCACCAGAAUGCAGAUGGUGUGCAUUGAUCAUAGGCAACAAAAUCAUGCUGGCUUUAAUGUCUGCUUGCUUUUAUCUGGAAAUAAAAAUGCACCUCAGAUAGCUAGACCCUUUAUACUGAGUGUUUCAGAACAAAAAUGGGACACACACACACACACAUAUCAAGGGUUCUUUCCCAGUAGAAAGCACUGUCUGAACAAUAAACCCAGACGUUACAUCUAUUUGCAAAAGCAGAGAAUCAACUCACAAUUUCUUAGGUCCAGACUUCAGCACUCUAGUGGGAAAGAGACAGGAGAAGACAAGGAGGUGGCACCCGUCCCCUAGAAGGAUCCACUAGGAUCUGGGAAUGAAGGCUCACUUGGAUCCAUGUGUCACAGAUCUGAGUAUAAUGUGCAACAACAUCUUUGGAGAUCUGAACAUCCUGGCCAUCAGGGAAUGCUCCCACCACCACCCACCACCCAUGCUGCAAAGGAGCCCCAGUGGUCAAGAUUGCUGUCUUUCAAUUUCACAGUCACAUUCCAGAAGGUAGAAGUAGAGCAAAAGCUUUUGUGGAAAGGAAGUUAGACUUCACAUUCACGUGAAUGAGUUGAAAAGUAAGAGAAGAGAGAUUAAAGAGGAGGUAACCCAGUUGGAGAACAAAUGAGAAGUUGAAUGGAAGUGGCAGCAACAGGAACAACCAGGAAGCCAGGGUCCUUGUACUGAAGGUUAUAGUCAUGUGUCAAAGGAAUUAUGUGUAAAGGGAGUCAUGUGACCAGAGGCAGUCCCAGCAAUUGCUGGCCAAGGCAGAGCAGACUGAAGGGGAUGACAGAUCAAUCUACUCACCUGACCUGCUUGCAAGAAAGAGCUGUUGAUGCCCUGAGCUGAACAAGCAGGGCAGGGGAUUAGAAAAAGUCAGGUACAGAGCAGAGAGAAGAAACUACGUAGAAGUUGACUGUUCUCAAGGAAAUCUGUAGAUAUUAGAGUUGGGUUCGUUAUCUUAUUGCAUGGGUAUUACAGUAUAAGAAAGAGUCAGAAUGAUCUGGUGGGCAUUAAGUUAGGAAAUUAGAAUAGUAAAUAUAAAGCACUAGACAUAACUCUGUGAAGAACAGCUGAUUGUAUGUAUGUAUGUAUAUAUGUAUGUAUGUAUGUCAUAUACAUAUCUAUAAUACAGAAGUAGGGUACAGAAUAAAGAGGUCAUUAGUCUCAACAAAUUUAAAUUCCCCAGAAGCCUUAGAUUUCUCUUAUUGUUAUUUGUGUUGAACUCUCAAAGCCUUGGGAACAGUGUCUGACAUAUAGUGGGAGUUUAGUAAACAUUUGGAAAUGAAGUACAAAGCACUUAGAGUGUUCCUACUUGGUAGAGACUCAGUAUAUUACUAAACUCCAAACUGAAUGAGCCUCGUAAAAACAGGCUAUCCAUACCCCUUCUAGAGAAAACUGUGAAUUCCUAGACCUCUGCAGUAGUCAGUCAGUUGUAGACAUCACAUUGGAUCUGGCUCUCCAACAGGGAAUAGCGACAAAGUGAUGCACAUAGUGACUUACCCAUAAUGCCAUCUGCACAGGGUAGAGUCUGCCACUGCACCGUUGUCUCUGCUAGUCCCUAAGUACUUGGUAAAUGCUGUUGAAUUUCUCAUCUUCAGGCGUGAUUCUGAGACUAAAUAUAAAGGUUUGAGGCCCAGCCAGUCUCAGGCCCUUCCUUUCUCCAAUCCCUGGAGAUGCAUUGUGCAGAGAGGAGGCACAGACUCAUCAUACAGAACUAUGUUCUACCUGCUCGGGACUAGGCAGUGAGUGUCAGCUCCGUCUCCCCCAGGGACCAGUCUCACUCCACAGAUUGGUCAGUGUGUACUUGUCCACGGCAGACUUCUGAACCUUUUGUGCUGCCUCCAAGAAUAAAUCUUUGUAGUCUAGAACAUGUAUUUAUUUGAUAACUAUGCUACUGUGUGUGUAUGAGUGUGGUACAAUACCAACCUGGGACUGUCUUACUAAAAGGAUGUAAGACUUUAUAGAAAAUUGAAUCUAACUUCAGAAGACAGCAUCAUCUUGUCUGUCAACAACGUUGCCUGGCCACAUGGGAUCAGAGAAAGCCCUCCCCUCCGCACCCCUUUUCUUGGUACUGUCUUCCUGAGUGAGCUGCCAUAUGUGAUUUAAACUGAUGAAUGGAGGUGUCGAGAGUGUGUACAUGUACAUAAAGAUUUAGGAGGACGAUAAGAAUCAAUUCAGGAAUCUGUUGAGUUCUUCCCAUGCCUGUGAUCUUACCAUGUUUGAAUCACAAACUUUAAAUUUCUAACAAUUUCAAUUCUUGCAGUUUCUGAGUAAUUUGUUAAAUGCCUAUUCAACACAGAUAUUUAUUUUCAACCUUGGCUUGUAAAUGCCUACAAACUGAUUCAUGUUGGUGGUCAUUAUGACACUUCUGUGAAUUGGUGAAUAAAUAUGAUUUUAGAAUUUCACAGU